UCAACUGUACCAGCAAGGAAGGAAGGGAGUGAGAGGAGGUCACGAGGUGGAACAGUGCUGAAUAGGAGUUACAUCCCAUCGCUUGGGAACACCAAAGAAAACACCAUUCACAUCAUAUAGUCAUCAGGUCUGUGCAGUAAGGAAGGGAAAAGCAGUUGCUGGACGAGAUAAGGUUUGCACUUCCCACCGACAGCGUUCUGCAGAGGAUCAUCACACCCCUGCAGUUUGAUGUGCAUGGACGUGAUUUUUUUUUUUGAGUCGCUCCAAGAAAUACACUUCCCUUGCUUAAGCAUUCGGUGCCCAUAGAAGAGAAGAGGAAAACUUAAAAAUGUGGGACAAAAGAAAGCUGCUUCUUGCUGCAAUCGUUUUCAUAGCUCUCUACCACAAGGUGACUGCAGAGAGAGCAAAACUACUGGACAUGGCCCCAGAUGCUGUGGACGACAUUUAUAAAGGAUGCCGUAAACAAGCUUUGGAGAGGUUUAUCCAUUCAGGCCUGCUGAGACAAGAGCUAAACCACAGUGAGGGGUUCCAGAGGGCAUGGAGUGGAAACCCCCAGUGUUCUCGUCUGAUCCCUGGAGGAAUAAAAGAACACACUGCUGCACUUUUGGCUUAUGACAACGGAGAUGAACAUUUUAUACAGUCCUUCAACGAUGCAGUGGAGACGCUGGGCGUAAAUGUUAGCACCUAUGAAAACCUCUUCGAUUUCAAGUCUCUUCACUUCCUGCUCAUGGAUUCGAUGUCUCUGCAUCCAAAGAAGUGCCAGACUGUGUUUGCUCUUCAAGAGAAAUACAAAGCAACACAGGGCUCCAAGGUGAGGUUUGGGCGAUUCAUCACUGCUCAUUCUAGCUACGCCAGGCUGAGGAAGCUGGAAGACUGGGACGGGGCAGUCAUUUUUAACAUCACUUCCUGCUUCUUUGUCAACCUGGGAGACAACAUUUGCAGCAACAGGGACAUAGUGCUGUUAUCUCCCGCUGAAGCGUUCACAGUGGAGGAAGUAAAGAAAGUCGCUGACUCGGACGAUACUGAAUACACUGCGAUCGUCAUGAAGCACUCGCAGCUGGACAGCAUGCACAACUGUUACAUUUUCUCACGGUCUCCGGCUGAUGUCUCCUCCCAGUGGAUUGUGUGGCCGUUUGCAGUUUUAUCUCUUUUCUUAUUUAACAACAAAUAGCAUCUCAGACAGCUCUGAGAGUUAUUAGAGCACAAAAUGCUGAUUUCUUAUUACAGAUGAGCAAUUAACUGCAAAUCUGUUUGCUAAAAUAUCAGUUUUUAAUUAACUUCUAACAAAUGUUUUCAACAAUACAAUGAAAUCUUCUUUCCUUUACGUAUCUCAGCAAACAUGUAUACUAACAAUAUUUCUGAGAUAUGGUCGUUUUUUUAAAGCAUUUUUAGGGCAUUUUGAGCCUUUUUUACACACAUACAGUAGAGAGAUGACAGGAAAUGGGUGCAGCGGGUGGAGGCCCUUCUCACCUUGAGUUCUGACAGAGCGUCCGCCGUCGACCUCACGACCUCAUCAUGAGUUAUGAGCUGCUGCUCACAGUCACAGCGUCCAAGUAUGUAACUGCCUCUAAAACCACGAGUGAUUUAAUCUGUUUCCAUCCAUGUGACAUGAACAAAUAUAUGCAAAAUGUAAAAAAAGACGAACAGCGUAUCAGUGUAUCAAGGCGUACUGUCCACGCCGUACAGCCCAAGUGUUUUCUGACCUUACGCCACGAUCAUUGUACAUAAUUUACAUAAAAUAUAACAAAAUGCUUUACAGCAGAGAGAAAAUGUGAGCUUUUAUUGUUUUUUGACAUCAUAACACAAAAAAGCUGCUUCGCUGUGUGAAACAUAAAUCAAACAGAAUGUGAUCACCUGCUCUUUUCUGACAGAAACUCACCUGGAAACAGCACAAAGUCAAUAUAUUUAAUGUUCAUCAGCUUCAUUGAUUUUUGUAAGUAUC